UUUUACCUGGGAUUUUUUUUUCCUAAUUUUCCAUAUAUAGUUAUAAACUUGUCACUUGUAUAAGGAAUUUUCAUCAUAUAUAAAACCUACAAGGAACUAAAACUGUAGCAGCCUGUUGGUGAAUCAUAAAUUGGUGGUCAUAUAACACAAUUCAUUUUGAAAACCAUCACAAUUAAUUAAUUCACACGUAGUGUAGCACGUCAGUGAUUAUUAAGUGACAAUUAAUUAAACCGACAAAGACAUUAGUUUUCAUACAAUUAAUAAUACAGUAAUUAUAAAGAAGUGUGUGUGUUAAGUGCCAAUCAAAAUGGAUUUAUUGAAAACAAUUGCAAUUUUCAAUAUGUUUUUUGUAACACAAAUAGAAAUGAAACCGUUAUCAUCGUCAAUGGAAACAGUGCUAAAACUACCAAAGGAUAUAAAUUCGGAGACAAAUAUAACUAUUCUCGGACACAGUUACAACUUUGGCAUUUUUAACGCAACAUUCUCUGGUGAAAACAUGAAAGAACAAGAUCAAUGCAAAAUAAUUUCAGAGCAGAACAUAGAAAACGCAAAUGAAAUAAUAAUUAAACUAGUAAAUCAGAAUGUGAUUAAAAGGACGAUUGUUUACGAUAUUGACCCUGAAAUGAAAGAAGUGCCAUUUUCGUUGCAUGGUCUUGCUAAAGUCGAUAAGUCUGAUGCGAAUAUAGAGUUGUUUUUUGAACAACACGACAGAGGAAAUGAGUAUCUAGGAACCUGCACUUUCAAGUCUAUCAAAAAUCUCGAAUACAUCGUGUUCGAUGGUGUUGAACAUGUUGAAAACUUGAGCUUCAAUUUUACACGACGCUGAAAUUACAUUUUAUGAGACGUUUAAGGUAAGACUUUACCUUACAACGAGAGAAGAAUUACUUUCUUCGGGGAAGAAUUGCUUUCUUCGGGGAAGAAAGUAGAACCAUUUACGACGAACACUGAAUGACUCCAUGAAAAAAGUGUGUUUAAUCUGCUGAUGAUCUAGGACGUAUACCAAACACGAUGUUUUAAUGCAUAUUGCCUUAAUUGAAAUGGAAUGAUUUACUCGUAAGUUCAAAAGAUACGGUUAUUAUAAUCUGGUAUUGCGAAUUAUGAGUGACAUGCUCCAGAAACGUGCUUAUCGAGGUGCACUGUCUGAAAAUAAGCUUUAAUUUUAUAUAAUGUUCAUGUAAUCGUAGAUUAAUUUAAUUUUAAAAUUAAAUGACCCUCAAUGACAAAUUCGAAUUUGAAUGUAUAUUUAUUUAUUAGAUUGAAAACUGGAACUGGCUAAGAUUGACGGAGUGUUACGUAAAGCUAAGGAUUAAAUGAAAUGAAAAUAUAUUUUAAUUGAGCCUGUUGAACAGAUAGACAUGAAAAAGGUAUUAAAUAAAGAAAAUCUACCAAAGCAUUGUAUUAUGAAUGAUUUAAUUAUUCAAAUACUUUGACUCCUAACAAUCUUAGUGAGAUGAUGUAUAGGUGACAGUUGUAUAUAACUAGACUUAGAUAUAUUAUACAUACUUGUAUAUUAGCUGUAAUAUUAUCAUAAUAUAACCACGUGAGAUUAUUAUUAGUAACUAUUUAAGGUAAAUGUAUGUACUUAUACUUUUCUAGUCAUUAGUUAUUUAGAUGAAUUUAUGAUGUUUUAAAUUGAUAGAUGAUUUCGAAUUUCAUUUACCUAACAAAUUGAAAUUUCUUAAACCGCGAAAAUUUUCUAAUUUGUCAAAUAUGACGAACUUCAUACUAUAUAAUAAGUUCAGGUACUAAGUUCUAAAA